GAGUUCGCAAUUGGAUUGAUUAUCCAACAUUCCAACCAAAACAAACAAAGCGGCUGGAGGGCAGAAAAUUCGUCUCUCUAUCUCUUUCUCGGAGCAAAUGGCGGUUUCCGUUGCAGCAUCGUCAAUUCCUUCUCUCUGCUCUGACCGCACCACUCGCCUGGCUUCUUCAUCCUCGAAUCUAUCUUCCUCUUCUUCUCUGCAAUUCCCCCUACACCUCCGACGCCUUCGGAUUCCAACAUAUGGAGUCUCCGCUCCUUCUCGGCCUCGAAUUCUUCCUCCGGUUGAAGCAAAGAAGCAAACAUUUUCCAACUUUGAUGAUUUGCUGGCUAAUUCUGAUAGACCUGUCCUGGUUGACUUCUAUGCGACUUGGUGUGGUCCUUGUCAAUUUAUGGCUCCUAUCCUCAAUGAAGUCAGUAUUACUCUGAAUGACAAGAUCCAGGUGGUGAAAAUUGACACUGAGAAAUACCCCAGCAUUGCUGACAAGUAUGGAAUACAGGCAUUGCCUACUUUCAUUAUAUUUAAGGAUGGAAAACCAUAUGACCGCUUUGAGGGUGCUUUGAAUGCUGAUCAGCUUAUCGAACGAAUUGAAACUGCUUUGAAAGUGAAGCAAUAAAUCACCGCUCAAGUUCACCUAGGGAGGAAUUAAGAAAGUUACAUGGAGUAAUUGCAUAAAAGGAGUAGAAUACUGGUUGCUCUAUUCAGUCUUGAAGGAAAGAAAGAAAUAUGGAUCUGAUUAAGAAUGCAUGGAAAGAUCCGUCAUCAUUAGAUGUUCCUUUGCUUAUUUUUUGUUUGUAUCAAGUGUUGUACCAAAAAUAUCAUGAUAGAUUUCUUCAUUCCAUUUCUGGAUUGUGCGGAUGAAGCUAGAAAAGAUGAUUUUCUGUCGACAAAUCUCUUUGGAUUAUUGGGGAGUUGCACAAACACAGUUGCUUUAGAUUCAAGCAAGUUAGAUUACUUUUCAAUCGCAUGUUCAUCAAGCGAUUGGUGGUUUUGUAUACGAGAGACCAAGGGUAGCCGGAUUCUUUCCCAUUAGUAUGCUACUGAGCAUCGAGCUGAAGCGUUAGAGCUUAACUUUGGAUUGCUUUGUUAGUUUGUUCACAAUCAAGGAUUAAAAUGUCGGCAGAUACAUAUCUAUCGAAAUUUUGAAAAGAAAAGAAAAAA